GCCAAGUAUGCCAUGGUGUUUUUCUAUGGUGUCCGUGUGUGAAUGCGCUAGUAGCAUGCUAGUAGCGCAGUGGUUUUUCUGGUGAUCUCUUUGUACAGUCUCUCGCUCAAAGUUCGGACCUGCGACAACACAUGAGUGUGAGUCCUUGAAGUGUAACUGACCUGGAACUACUUCAAAAAAGAUAAUGGCAAGGGACACCUCAAAGACGAAACUUUCGAGGCACCUCCUCGACAUGAAGUUUAUGAAAAAAAGCAAGGAAAAGGCACAGAAAGACGAGGAGGAUGAAGAACAUCGCUCGUUAUUCAACAGUGAUGCAAUGGACAACAUAAAAAAGGAGGGGUCACGUUAUAUUAUUCAAGAGAGCUAUGCACCAUGCUUAGGGCUGAGUCUUCCUAGAAUGUCCUUCAAGGGCCGUAAUCCAGAAAUUGAGCGAUUAAUGCAAGGUGAAAAUGAAAAGGCGCCACAAACAUGCAAAAUGCCUGGCAUUCCAGAUGAAGAAAUGGCUGAAAGGUACUCCACUCUUGUUGGUACCAUUGCUAAGAAGUUUGACAAGAGAAAACAAGCCAACCAUUGUUCCCCAGAGAAGGCUGACAAGAUAAAAGUACUGAAGCGCUUUAAAUUUGAGCAGCCAUCAGAUGAUUGAGCAGGCAAGAACUUGCCUGGUGACAUAAAGGGACUUUUAUCUUUGCAUUGCAGUCAUACAUUUGCCAGAAGCAGUGUGCCUUUCUGCCGAAUUGCAUAAAGAUAGCACUUUUA